AUGAAUAGAUUAAAUGAGAGUAACAGAAAGAAAGAAAGAACAUUGCUUAGGUGUAGUGUUGUUAACAAGCUUAUACCAAAAUACACUGACAUUAUACCCUCUCUUUUAGACCAAGCCACCCUGGUAGAACAGGUGAAAAGAGUAAAAGAAAUUGAAGCUAUUGAAAGUGAUUCUUUUAUUCAGCAGACAUUCAGAUCAAGUAAAGAAGUCAAAAAGUCAGUGGAACCUAAUGAAGUGAAACAUCCAACUUCACCAUCAGGACCAGCGUCUGUAGUUGCUGAUCCACCUAGUGUUGAAAAAGAAAUAGACCCCAGCAGCAUCCCUACUGCUAUCAAGUACCAGGAUGACAAUUCUCUGGCUCAUCCAAAUUUAUUUAUUGAAAAAGCUGAAGCUGAGGAAAAGUGGUUCAAGAGAUUAAUUGCUCUCCGACAAGAGAGAUUAAUGGGCAGUCCUGUGGCCUAAGUAAUAUACAUUGAUGGUUAAAUCAAAAGUAACUGAAAAUUUAGGUUUUCGAAUCUCAAUAUUAACUUUUAGUCUUAAAAAGAACUUAGCUUAUUAUAUAAAAAUGUAAAAUCCUUUUAUCUUUCGCUCACGUAGGCUUGAAUAU